AUGUUCCGCAACGUGUUCGACGCACUAGGGCUGAAGGAUGCCAACCUGACGACACACCAGCACGGGGUCAUAGGGUUAGGCGACCACUUCAUCAAACCAGACGGAGUUAUUUCCCUACCAGUUUCGAUGGGACAGAUGCAAGGCCGAAGAUCGGCGAUGGCUGAGUUCGUGAUACUGAGAGACUCCACAGCCUACAACAUCAUCCUGGGAAGAAAAACAAUCAAUGAUUUUGAGGCCAUAAUCAACACCAAACUACUAGUUAUGAAGUUUGUCGCCGAUGAUGGAUCCGUAGGAACCAUAAGAGGAGACCUCGAGACGGCGGUUGCUUGUGACAACGUCAGCCUUUCCCUCAGAAAGAAGUCCAAGGAAGCAUCUGGCGUAUUCCUAGCCGACCUUGAUGCCAGAGUAGAGGAUAACCCGAGGCCGGAACCAGAAGGGGACCUGGAGAAAUUUAGCAUCGGUGACGAAGGGGGAAGGUUCACAUUCGUUAACAAGAACCUCCCACAUGAGUUGAAGGAGCCUUUGAUUGAGAUGAUAAGGGCUAACAGGGACUUGUUCGCAUGGACACCAGCCGACAUGCCGGGCAUAGAUCCACAGAUCAUCUCUCAUCACCUAGCCGUCAAGCCAGGAGCCCGCCCAGUCGCUCAACGGAGGAGAAAAAUGUCGGCGGAAAGGGCAGAGGAGGUAGCCAAGCAAACGGCCGACCUCCUAGAAGCAGGCUUUAUACGAGAAGUGGAUUACACGACGUGGCUCUCAAACGUGGUGCUGGUGAAAAAGCACAAUGGCAGGUGGAGAAUGUGUGUGGACUACUCUGACCUUAACAAAGCAUGCCCCAAAGACUGCUUCUCCCUCCCCAAUAUAGAUGCACUCGUCGACGCUGCGGCGGGGUACCGGUAUCUGAGCUUCAUGGACGCCUACUCCGGAGCGACAUAUCAAAGGCUGAUGAACAAGAUAUUCCACGACCUUAUAGGAAAAACGGUCGAAGUUUAUGUGGACGACAUCCUGGCAAAAACAACACGACCUGACGACCUGCUAAACGACCUGGCAAGUGUGUUUGCGUCCCUCCGUCAACACGGUAUGAGACUGAACCCCCUCAAGUGCGCCUUCGCCAUGGAAGCCGGCAAAUUCCUGGGAUUCAUGAUAACCCAGAGAGGGGUAGAAGCCAACCUGGAGAAAUGCCAGGCAAUACUCCAGAUGAAGAGCCCAGGCUGUGUCAAAGACGUCCAGAGGUUGGCAGGGCGAUUGACAUCACUUUCCCGGUUCCUCGGGGCCUCGGCGACAAAGGAAAUCCUAGCGGCACCUCCCGUUCUCGGGAAGCCAAGGGACGGGGAGCCACUGUACCUGUACCUCGCUAUAACAAGCGAAGCCCUGGCCGCGGUACUAGUAUGGGAGGACGGGAGGACCCAACAACCAGUCUACUUCAUAAGCAGAGCCCUACAAGGAGCAGAGUUAAGGUAUAGCAAGUUGGAAAAGCUAGCCUUGGCACUCCUGACUUCCUCAAGAAGGUUAAAACAGUACUUCCAAAGUCACCGAGUGGUCGUCAGAACGGACCAAGGAAUCCGACAAGUUCUCCAAAAACCCGACCUGGCGGGAAGAAUGAUGACUUGGUCCAUCGAACUCUCUCAAUAUGACAUACAGUACGAGCCCCGGCAAGCCAUCAAGGCGCAGGCCAUGGCGGAUUUUUUGGUCGAAGUAACAGGAGAUCCAGGCGAAGACACGGGUACACGGUGGAAGCUCCAUGUGGACGGAGCCUCCAACCAGACCUUCGGAGGAGCCGGGAUCAUCCUAGAAAGUCCAAACGGGGUCGUAUACGAGCAGUCGGUCAAAUUCGAGUUUCCCAUCUCGAACAACCAAGCAGAAUACGAAGCCCUCAUAGGAGGCUUGACCCUAGCAACAGAGGUCGGCGCAAAAAGGCUGGAAGUGUGCAGCGAUUCCCAAGUCAUCACUUCCCAAGUAAACGGCAGCUAUCAAGCCAAGGACCCCUUGUUGCAAAAGUACUUGGAAAAGGUCAAAAGCUUGAGCCAAAAGUUUGACGAGGUCACGGUCCAGCACGUACCCAGAGAAAGGAACACACGAGCAGACCUCCUAUCAAAGUUAGCCAGCACUAAGCCAGGGGAGGGAAACCGGUCUCUCAUCCAAGGCAUGACAAGGGAACCUGCAAUCGCCCUACACGUAACAACCCUAAGCUCUUCAUGGCUAGACCCCAUCACCAGCUACCUAGAACACGGCCAAGUCCCUGGUGACCAAAAGGAUGCGGUGAAAUUAAGGAGGGAAGCGGCCAAAUACGCUAUCAUCCAGGGACAGCUGUUCAGAAAAGGGCUCAGCCAACCCCUACUGAAGUGCCUACACCCCGACCAAACGGACUACGUCCUCAGGGAAGUCCACGAGGGCUGCUGUGGGCACCACAUCGGAGGAAAAACCCUAGCAAGGAAGUUGAUCCGAGCUGGGUACUACUGGCCGUCGAUGAUGGCAGACUCCAAAGAGUUUGUCAAAAAGUGCAUGAAGUGCCAACAGAACGCCAACUUUGCCAAGGCUCCGGCAAACGAGCUGAGCUUGUUGACGACUUCCCGGCCGUUCGCUCAGUGGGGAAUCGACCUCGUAGGGCCCUUCCCUGUCGGCCCUGGGCAGGUGAUAACACGGUUCGGGAUACCAGAAGUCGUCAUCUCGGACAACGGCACACAAUUUGCUGACAAAAAGUUCACAGAAUUUCUCAACGGCCUAGGUAUAAGGCAAAAGUUCUCUUCGGUAGAACACCCUCGGACGAACGGGCAAGUGGAGUCCGCCAACAAGGUUAUCCUUUCAGGGCUAAAAAAGAGGUUGGACAAUAAGAAGGGUGCUUGGGCCGACGAGCUAGCAUCGGUCCUCUGGUCUUACCGAACAACCGAGCAAUCCUCCACCAAGGAAACUCCUUUCCGAUUAACAUACGGGGUAGAUGCGGUGAUCCCCGUGGAGAUCGGUGAACCGAGCCCGCGAUUGCUUUUGAAAGGAGUGGAGGAAACUGUAGAAAAGGACCUGAUUGAUGAAGCCCGGGAAAUGGCCCAUUUAACGGAAACAGCGCUAAAACAAAGGAUAGCCCUGCGCUACAACACCAAAGUGCUCAAGAGGGACUUUGAGCCUGACGACCUCGUCCUGAGACGGAAUGAUAUCGGCCCACCGACCCCAGGAGAAGGCAAGUUGGCGGCAAACUGGGAGGGCCCUUACAGAGUGAAAAAGGUGAUGGGAAAAGGAGCCUUUAAGUUAGAAAGGCUCGAUGGCAAGGAGGUCCCGAGGACAUGGAACGCCGACAACCUAAGAAGAUUCUACUCCUAA